AUGGCUGCUCUUUCGAGGAUAUCGGAAUACUUCCGCGGGGGACCUAUCUCGGCGUUGGAGAAGAAGUUGAUCUUCAAGAUGGAUUUCUUCAUCCUGACGUUCUGCUGUCUAGCAUAUUUCAUGAAUUAUCUAGACCGGGCGAGUGUCUCCCAGGCAUACGUUUCCGGCAUGAAAGAAGAUCUACACUUCGUAGGAGCCCAGCUCACGGAGGUUACCACCUUAUACUCCGUGGGAUAUCUAUUGGGUAUCAUUCCAAACAAUAUGCUUCUCACAUACUUCAAACCGGGAAGGUUCUUUCCAUUCAUGAUCCUCGUCUGGGCUUCUCUCACGAUGAUCAACGCCGCUGCUAAACGACCCCAGCACUUAAUGGCGAUUCGCUUUUUCCAGGGAUACGCAGAGUCUUGCAUCUUUGCAGGAACUCAUUACAUCCUAGGCUCUUGGUACACUGAGAAGGAGCUUGGUAAAAGAAGUGCUCUCUUCACCGCAAGCGGCUUAGCUGGUGGUAUGUUCGGCGGGUUUUUGCAAACCGGAAUUUACAGCUCGAUGAAUGGACUUGCAGGGCUCGAGGGAUGGAGAUGGCUCUAUAUUAUCGACGGAAUAAUCACCAUUCCAGUUGCCAUUUACGGUUACUUUCUUUUCCCCGAUGUCCCCGCCACGACGACCGCUGUCUACUUCAACGAGGAGGAACGACAAUUAGCAAAGGCACGCGUUCCAGUUGUUGAAGGAGCUCGCAUACUGAGCACUGCUUUCAUCAAACAAGUAUUUACGUCAUGGUACUUCUAUGGCUUCUGCUUUCUAUGGAUCCUUGGCAAUUGCUCGGAGUCUCUGGGAAACCAGUCGCUUAUGAAUCUGUAUUUGCAAGAUACCGUCUAUCAGCUUAAUAACUACCCUACUGGUGUACAAGCUGUUGGAAUUGUAAGCACGCUUCUAUGGGCUUUUGGCACGGAUAUCCUUGGAAGAAGAUGGUCUUCUGGAUACUUUGUUUCGAUUACGGCAAUCUGUGUUGGAAUCCUAUUGCUCGUUCCGAAUAUGUCAACCGCAGGACAGUUUGCGGCAUACUACUGGUCCGGCACUAUCUACUGUAUCCAAGCGACUUUCUUCGCAUGGGCGAAUGAUUCUAUGCGACACCAGCCACCGACCCUCCGAGCAGUUAUCAUCGCAUGUAUGAACUUUUCAGGAAAUCUAUUCCAGGCCUGGUGGCCACUUAUAUUCUACAGAGCCAAUGAUGCGCCAAAGUUCACUAAAGGAAUGUGCGCUUUAAUUGGUGUAGGUGCGGCUAUGGGUAUAUGGGUCACAGUAAUGCUGUAUCUGGAACGACAUCAUGCUAAGAAGCACACCGAUAUCAUUGACGCUGUCGAUGCCGCUGAAGCUGGAAGUAGUUGUGAGGCCACUCAUGAGAUCAUCGAUGGGACAGGAGGUCCUGCGGACCUCCUGCUAGGCCUGCUCCACUUAUGCCCCUGA